UUCACUGAUGGAAUCACCAAUAAACUCAUUGGCUGCUACGUGGGUGACAUAACGGAUGAUGUGGUUCUAGUCAGAAUCUAUGGAAAUAAGACGGAGCUCUUAGUCGAUCGAGAUGAGGAGGUGAAGAGUUUCCGUGUGCUGCAGGCCCAUGGCUGUGCCCCUCAGCUAUACUGUACUUUCAAUAAUGGCCUAUGCUACGAGUUCAUGCAGGGAGAGGCACUGGAUCCAGAACAUGUAUGCAAUCCAGAUAUUUUCAGACUGAUUGCGAGACAGCUUGCUAAAAUCCAUACUAUUCAUGCACACAAUGGUUGGAUUCCUAAAUCUAACCUCUGGUUGAAGAUGGGGAAAUACUUUUCUCUUAUACCUACGGAAUUUACAGAUGCGGAAGUAAAUAAAAGGUUUUUAAGUGACAUUCCAAGUCCUCAAGUCCUUCAGGAAGAGAUGGCCUGGAUGAAGGAAAGAUUGUCAAAUUUAGGAUCGCCGGUGGUACUCUGUCACAAUGACCUCUUGUGUAAGAAUAUUAUUUACAACAAGAAACAAGGAGUCUGUGGGUGCUCAGUGCUUCUGAAGACUGAGUGUUCUAGAGAACCUGAAUUUUGUACUGCCAACAAGAUUUCCCUGGGAGCAGCUUGCUACUUUGCAGGUGAUGUACAAUUUAUAGACUAUGAGUACUCUGGAUACAACUACUUGGCUUAUGACAUCGGGAAUCACUUCAAUGAAUUUGCAGGAGUAAAUGAGGUAGACUACAGCCUUUAUCCCAACAGAGAGUUACAGGAGCAAUGGCUGAGAUCUUACCUUGAGGCCUACAAAGAAUACAAAGGAUUUGGUACAGAAGUCAGUGAGAAGGAGGUUGAAGUGCUUUAUGUUCAAGUCAAUCAGUUUGCACUGGCAUCCCACUUCUUUUGGGGAUUGUGGGCUCUAAUUCAAGCCAAAUAUUCUACCAUUGAUUUUGAUUUCUUAGGGUAUGCAAUUGUUCGUUUUAACCAGUAUUUCAAAAUGAAGCUGGAGGUCAUGACAUUAACUCUUCCUGAGUAAUGAAGAGGAAGAAUCUUACCAAGUGGAUAGACAAUGCCUGAAUCUUCUGUGAACAGAUACUGGAAAAAAAGCUAAACAUUUGUUAAAGUUCUUUUAAUGCUCACUUGGUGGUUCUUGCUUUAUAAAUAAUGCCUCUAAAAAGUCCUUCAAUGUUAAAUUUAAUAUGAGGAGCAUACCUACUGCUGUUGAUAUAAAAUGGAUUAGAAACUUGCUAAAUCUAUAAAAGGU